AUGUUAAUAAUAAAAUAUAUAUUUUUUUGUUUAUUAUUGUUUGGUUUUGUUUCAUCAUAUAAUUUCAAUAUCGAAUUUGGGUCCACAGAAACAUAUAAAGAUUAUGAAUGCGGUGGAGAAAUAGACAAAAAUCAAAUCAGUGGUCGAUCAUACCCACCUUGUAAAUCAUUCACUGACCUUGGUUAUAGAAUUAGAUCCAUUAUAGAAACUGAUGAAGAGGAUGUCCUUAAUGUUUAUAUAGUAGUAAAUAGUAGUAGUAUCGAAAACCAACCCAUCGAAAUAAAUGAAGAAGAGUAUCUGGGAACAAUAAACACAUUUUCAAAAAUUCAAAUACAAGUAACUGAUGGUAAUAAGGAACAAAUAAAUAGUAAUAGAGUCCACAUAUAUAGGCAAACCAAUACAUUCUUUAUUGGAAGUUCAUCGAAGUAUCCAAAUUCAUCAAUAGUAAUUAAGGGUUUAUCUUUUUAUAACUGGAAUUCAGUUUUUCCUGAUUCAUAUCCUGUUGUCAAAACGCAACAGUCAUCUGUAUAUUUCGAAAAUGUGGUUUUUUUCAAUACAAUUCAUAUUGUAUUGAGUAAUAGCAUUUAUUCUAUUAGUUACUCUGAUGUUAAUAGUGGAGUGUUGUCAAUUAGUAGCUGCCUUUUUACAAAUAUUUCAACCUCACAAGCUAUAACUUUCAUAUAUAAAACUGUUGGUGUAACAAGUUGUGUUUUUUCAAAUAAUAAUUUCAAUGGUGUAACAUUUUAUAAUGGAGAAAGACUAGUGAUCGACCAGUGCACAUUUACAAAUAACCAAAUUCAGGUAGUUGAUUGUUACAAUUUAUAUUUUUUGGAUUCAAUAAAUAUAACUAUUUCAAAUUCAAAUUUUUACAAUAAUUUAAUAAAUACAAUAGUAUCAAUUAAAAAUACCAUAUCAGUAGCGGGAUAUGCCCAAUUAACUAAUUUAAAUGUAUAUUCAAAUAACACAGUAAUAGGUGACCCCCAGAAUAGAUAUUUGUUUAAACUAUCUCACAGUUCAGAUAAUCUAAAAGUCAUAUUUAAAGAUAUUAAAAUUGAAGAUAUCGGUAGUUUGGACGAAAAUAAAUAUACAGGAAUGAUAUUUUAUUCAGAUAGUAACUCCACUAUAGAAUUAUUGAAUGUUCAAUCGACAAAUAUCAAUAACUUUAAAAAUAUAUUAGAUUUUAAAAACAGUUUUAUAACAAUCACCGAUAGCUAUAUACCCUCACAGGAUAUUUUUAUAAAUGGGAUCAAUAAUAUUAUCGAAACCAAAAAUAGUGUAUACAAUUAUAAUGACAGGAUAAUAAAUCAACUAUGCAACUCUUUAAAUGGUUCAUUCUCUGAUUACUGUAGUUAUAGUAGUUUGAAUUCAAACCCAUCUCACCAUUCAAAUAUUACCAAAGUCGCAAUUAUAGUACCGGUUCUACUCUUUCAAUUGGAUCAAAAAACAAAAAAUAAAAACAACAUUAUAAAUGAAAUAGAUUAUGAAGAUAAUGGAGAAAUAGAUAUCGAUGUUGCUAAUGUUGGUGGUGAUGGCGGUGACAGGGGUGGACCAGGUCCUAAUUUCCUAAACGAUGUUGAAGAUGCCAUUAAUGAUAUAGAUUAA